CUAACUUCCAGUACAUCGCUCCAAAGAGCCCAGCUGGGAGCUGUGACCGCAUCCAGGAAGUUAUCUGUGGGAAGAGCUUCUCUUCCUACAUGUUUACUAAACCAGGUCAGCAAGCUCAGUAUUUAGCUAGCAGCUGGUCCAUUUAUCAAACCUCAUCUUUUGGAAUUGGGAACAAUGGAGGACAACUCAGUGUUCUUCACUGACCGUAGCGGACGGAUCACCAGUAAUCCGCUACUGGACCAGCUGCCCAGCUACCAGUCCCUGCUGUACCGCAGGAAAUCAUCAGGAGCUGGCACUAAACGCAGAGGGAGCUCAAGAGGGAGGCUGAGCUCCUCUGGCAGCGUGAAAUGGACCAUUAACACCAUGAGAAGAAUUGAGGAGAAGCAGACGAGUCAGAUAGGGCAGCGCGCUAUCAGAGAACUAGCCUUAAACAUGGCUCAGAAACGUAGAAACAAAGAUCAGCCUUUGAAAGGGAACCAAGAUUUAAGCAGCUGGAGACAAUGGAGGCAAAACACACGCAGGAAUCUGAAGAGGCUGCGGGAUGAUGCUGAGGUAUUUCUAAGCUCCAUGAAGCUCUGGAAGAGGGACAUCCAUCAGAUAGAGGGGAUGUUUGGAACAGGGAUCCUGUCCUACUUCUCCUUUCUGCGCUUCCUGGUUGCGCUCAACCUGUUUAUUUUCCUGCUCAUGUUCAGCUUUGUCAUCUUGCCCAUCAUCAUUGUCCCCCACACUAAAGGAAAUAUCACCUACGACCAGCAUGACGAAACUGAUUGCAGGGUCUAUCAAAGCUCAGCUCGUAGGGGUCUUGUCAACUUUCACACGCACCUUGGGGAUCUGCUCUCUGGUGGAGGCUUUCUGGAACAGACUUACCUUUUCUACGGCUUCUACAAAGUGGAUAAAAUCCACUUUCCAAAAGCCACAUACAAUUUGGCGCUGGCAUAUCUCCUGGCAACAAUAGCGUACCUCUUGUUAAGUCUGAUUUGGAUUGUUAAAAGGUCUGCCACAGGAUUCAAGCGCAACCUGGUCCAGGAUGAGGAUCGCUUUCAAAGUUUUUGCAACAAGAUCUUUGCCGGCUGGGAUUUCUGCAUCACUGAUCAGAACACAGCAAGGCUAAAGAGAAAGAGUCUGCUCUACGAGCUUAAGACUGAUUUGGAGGAGGAGAAGAUCAAACGCAAAAUAGCAGAUCGUACCAGAAAUGAGAAGUGUCGCAUUUAUCUCAUCCGUGUCAUCCUCAACUCUUUUGUCAUUGCCAUUCUAGCUGCCUGCUUCUACAGCAUUUAUAUAGCAACCACAGUUUCCCAGGAAAAACAAAUGAACAAUGUAAAGGUGAAUUUCAUUGAGGAUCUCAUUGUUGAGUACCUGCCAUCCAUAGUUAUCACCUUGGCCAACUUCAUCACGCCGCUCCUUUUCUCUGUCAUCAUCAAUUAUGAAGAUUAUUCACCUGCCUUUGAAAUCCGCUUCACUCUCAUGAGGUGCGUCUUCAUGCGGUUGACCAGUAUUGGUGUUUUGCUGUUCUCUCUCUGGUCCCAGAUCACCAAAUGUGAAGAGGAUUCCUGUGUCUGUGGCUACAACCAUAAACUUUACUCUUGCUGGGAGACCCGUGUGGGUCAGGAGAUGUACAAACUCACCAUAUUCGACUUCAUCAUCAUAUUUGCAGUCACCAUCUUUGUGGAAUUUCCCCGAAAGCUGAUUGUAAAGUACGGGCAGUGUGGACUUGCUAAAUGGUGGGGCCAGCAGCAGUUUAGUAUUCCUCAAAAUGUCCUGGAGAUUGUCUACGGUCAGACCAUCUGCUGGAUCGGCACUUUCUUCUGUCCCAUGCUUCCUGCCAUCUGCACUAUAAAAUACUUCUUAAUAUUUUACAUCAAAAAGGUGUCGCUAAUCAGAAACUGCCGCCCAUCCACCCGGCCGUUUCGAGCGUCCAGCUCCAAUUUUUUCUUCCUUGGAGUGUUGCUGAUCGGCCUGGCUCUCGCCUGCCUGCCUAUUACUGUUAGCAUAGCUCAAAUAAAUUGCUCUCAGGCGUGCGGACCGUUUGUUAACUACAACACCUCCUGGCAGGCGCUUCCAGCUGCAUUAUCACAUCUGCCGGACGGAGCCCAAAGAUUCCUCUACGCUCUCUCAUCAGAGGCCUUUGCUGUCUCUUUCUUUGUAGUCACAUGUUUGGCAAUGUUUUAUGUGAUUGCUCUUGCUGGAGCUCACAAGAGAGUCAUCAAUCAGUUAAGAGAGCAGCUAGUUGUGGAGGGCAAGGACAAACGCUUCCUGAUCCAGAAGCUGUGCCAGGCUCAGGGGCCUCGCAGCACAUCCUCUGUGUCCGGAUGCCAUCCUGGCAGUCCCAGUAGGCUUAGCCCGAGCUACCACACCAGCUUCUCCAGCAAUUACAAUGAUGCAGUGUUUCUUACACAUCCUCCACCAAACUCUGCCACACCUGUGUGAAGCAUGGACAUUGUAUUCCACUAGUAAUCAAAAAUGAGAGUUGAACCAAAAAAAGAAAGAGAUUCUGUGCAUGUUUUAAAAUUUUACUGUACUUGUUUUUCUCUUUCACUGUAAUAACACUAAAACCUGUUUGUUUCUGGGGGUCUCUCAACAUAUCCUGCAACUAUUCAGUGUUUUCUUUUUUUUUAAUGAAAUAUUUAAAACCCAGUGAUAGAAAGGGUUUAGGUCAGUCUAUUAUUAUUUUUUUUUUUAAACCUCUAUCUUUUCCUUCUGAGAAGGACUUUAUUACCUAUUGAUACACUGGACUUCUUUAAAACUGUCCUUUUUUUCAUGCACUUAAAUAAUUUUACUGCUGCCUUGUUUUCUUUUGUAACCUCAUCUCAUUUUAGCAUAUUACUUUUAGGUGUUUUAACGUCAACUUUACAUAUAUAGUAAUAACUGUGCAAUAAACUAAUAAAUUUGCAUUGUCUGAACUAAAAUAUAUUUUUAAACAUUUCUUUAAAGUUACUUCUGGUUUAUUUUACAAUUAGAGCAGAACAGCUACUUUAUUCAUCUAAAAUCUAAACCAGUUGGUUCAAAAGCGAUAAAAAAAUAAAAACCAGCU